UUAGCGUUUUGCCUUGGCAGCCAGUCUCAAGCCGUCUGUUUCUGCUGUUGCCGGGCGCGGACGAGCACCGGGAAACUCGGAAACGGAACGGGACCGGCAUGAAACGUCCGUUCAGCCCAUCACUGCUGCCAAACGGCGAGCUGGACAGGAGGACAGACAGCGCCGAGCUGGGAGUGCAAAUGGACAGCGAGCUUUCCUGCAGCACACAGGCUGAGGUUUUACGACCAGAUGAGCAAGCACCAGGGGGCGCCUUGCAUUCUGUGCUCUGCAGACCAAAAAGGGAGAGGAAGCAGCGGAGCUACACACUGUGUGAGGUCUGCAACAUUCAACUGAAUUCAGCUGCACAGGCCCAGAUUCACUACAAUGGCAAAUCCCACCAAAAGAGACUCAAGCAAAUCAGCAAUGGCAAGAUGCCAAGCAACACAGGUACAUCAGCCCAGGGCAGCCCUCUUCUGGCUUCCCUCCCUGUCCCAGGACGGCCUCUGCAGCCUCAGCUCGACCUCAAACACCUCCUGCCCUUCAGACUCAAUGGAUCCUCCCCCCUUAGCCUCUUCCCUAACUUUAAUACGAUGGACCCUGUCCAGAAGGCCGUGAUCAACCACACUUUUGGUGUCCCUCAGCCACUCAAGAAGAAACAGAUUAUCUCCUGCAACAUUUGCCACCUGCGCUUUAACUCGACGAACCAAGCAGAGGCCCACUAUAAAGGUCACAAGCAUGCCCGUAAACUCAAAGCCAUGGAGGCCCAGAAAAACAGGCAGCGACGAGCUGGGGAGGCCUCAUCCACGGGGAGAGAGAGAGACCGAGACAGAGACCGAGAGCGAGAGCGGGACAUAAGCAAGACAUCCACUUCUGAGCCAACGCUUCCUACGCUUAUGGAUACAAGCUUAGAGGAGGGAACAAGUCUUCAGUCUGAUCUCGAAUCAACCAGCCUAGAGGUGAAGCUUGAAGAGAAUCCCAAGAGCUCAGUUAUGCUGACACCCGUAUCUGAGGUUUCCUCUAUGGAGCUGGUCGCCCUUUCCUCCCCUCAGAUUUCACCUUCUUCACAGCUCUCUGAGACAGCUUCAGACACCAGUGCCCCUGAAGUCCCAGAUGCUGUAGGAUCAGCCAGUGAGUCAGGCAGCCGUGCAGACACAUCAAGCACAAAUGGGGAGCCUCGUACAGAUGACGACAAAGACCCCAAGAAGAGCAAGGCUCACCUCCAUUGUCCUGUUUGUAAAGUCACAGUAAACUCCGUCUCCCAGCUGGAGGCACAUAACAGCGGCACAAAGCACAAACUGAUGCUGGAGGGUCACAGUGUUCUGCCACGACGCAGGGGGAAAGUGGUGGCAGCUCGUGCAGGGUGCAAGAGCAAGCGGCUGGGCAGCAAAGGCAGCGUCGGGGUUCCCAGCAAGAACUUCCAGUGUGAAGUGUGUGAGAUCUUUGUGAACUCUGAGACCCAACUGAGCCAGCACAUGAAUAGCAGAAGGCACAAGGAUAGGCUGGCCGGAAAACCACCCAAACCCAAAUUUACCCCCCACAGCAAGAGCCAGCCAAGCUCCAGCUUAGCGAACGUGAGAUGGAGUGGCUAUGCAGGCCUGGCUGUGUCUGCCAUGAAGAAAGCAUUCAGCCAGUACAACCUCACGUCCCUGUCCUCGCAGACCAAACUGGCCUUGCAGAAGCAGCUGACCAAGAGUUUGACAACUGGCUUCCUGCCCAGCCCCCUCACCCCACCAACCCUGUGCACAGUGGCAACUAACCCACUGGCUUUGCGCCACCCAGUGGGCACCACCACCUUCAUCCAGACCCCAUUCCUGGGCCCUGCACUGUUCCGGCCUGCCCCAGGGCCCCUGCGGGCCACACACACGCCUAUCAUCUUCUCCCCCUACUAAAGACUUGACCCACUUCCCAUUUGAGCUCCACCCCUGUCCCUUUACCAAAUCCAAGGCCCUCCUUAAGUGUGACCCACACAACAAAGGCCACACGCAAACUAUGCAGCCUGCCUGACUUAAAAUGGAAAGCGUGCACAACUCCUAACUCUCGAAAGGCCAUUACGCCUAAGAGCUGUUCUUAAAAAGGCCAAGAUCCCCCAUCAUGCCUUCUUUCUGCUCCUCUUAAAAUUACCCAAGGAGCAGGACAGGCCUCCAGACAGUGACUGUUGCAAUGAGGCCGCUUUUAUAGCCAUUUCAUGGGUCAACAUGGUUUGAAUUAUGAAUAUUAUUGUGUAAUUUAUUAGGGAACAAAUAUAGACAAGUCUAGAUGUAUGUUUAGUGUGGUUGCCACAAAAUAAGGUCCCUUUACUUGAUGCUCUUUUAAAACAUUUUUAACUUAUUGGUUUGGAGGUUUGGUGAAAGGUCAUCAUAGGUCAUUAAAGCAGCCGAAUCCAGUCCAGAUGGUUGCACAAGCCAAUCUCAAAGAUCAAUGUCUUCAGCGAAGUUGCUUAAAGGAUGAGCUGAGGUCAAACGCUGUCACAUUGCAGUUGGGAAAUGGCAAUUGUUAAAACAACUCCCUGGACACUUACCUCCUCUUAACUUUAAGCUUUUUGAAGGAUAAAAGUGACUGCUAUUUGUGGGGUAGUAUGUGGAUCGAUAACUACAUACAGUAUGUUCAUGUGUUAAAACCUCAUUGACAACAUUUUGCACCUCCAGCCCUCUGCCAAAUACUGUUCUCCCAGCCCCUAACUCUUACAAAUAAAACACAUCUCUCUCUCUUUCUUUGUGAGUCACAGCCACAGUCACAGCCCUCCAGAUUUUUUUUCCGUUCCUGUAUCCCCAGGAUUAAGCACUCAUUACGGUCCAGAAAAGGUCAACUUGUCAACUUGACUUUAUUUCAAUUUGCAAAUCUGUCUUAAGAAUGAUUUUUGCCCCAGUGCAACUUGUACGUUAUGUUCUUGCCAAGCUAGCGGCAUGAAAACAUUUCUGCAGCUGUGGAUGUCUUAUAUUGCAAAAUGCCAUAAUUUCUUUUCCCUCGUGACUGCUGUUUUUUUGUUUUUUUUUUCUUUUCCUUCACCCCACUUUCGUCACCUCGCUGUUGCCCUUGAUUUUCUCUGGCUUUAUCUCAGCAUGAGAUGAUGAGCAGCAGGGAAAGCACCACCCCCCACCCCCCUCACAGUCACAAGCACAACUUCACACACACACCCACACACACACACACUGAAAACACAA